AUGGCCAUCAAAGUGCCCCCCGGCCAGUCGCCGCCUUUCGAGACGAUAGACGACAAGCACCAUGCCGGUAUUAUCAUUAUCACCGGCGCCAUCUGUCUGAUGAUCUCGCUGGUCUGUCUGUUGAUCCGGGUGUACGUGCGGGUAUUCCUCAAUCCACCAUGGGGAUCAGACGAUAUCAUCCUGCUGGGAGCGACGAUCUUCGCCAUCGCCGAGUCGAUCAUCAUCUUUCACGCCGCGAGCAUCGGCUUUGGGACGGACAUAUCGCUACUCACCGAGAAGGCCGUUGAUCGCAUACAGAAUUCCUUAUUCGCCGCCGACAUCCUCUACCUCUUAACCCUGUACCUCUCGAAAUGCUGCAUCAUCGCCAUCUACUUGCGCUUGACGCCCCGCAAGCGCCACAAGAGCAUCCUCUGGGCGACGUUCGGGCUCAGCACAGUGGGCGUCAUCAUGUCGGUGCUGGUUAUCGCAGUGAACUGCGAGGGGAACAAGCCGUGGGCUGUACCUGGCGAGCAGUGUCAUAAUCUGUUCCCCCGCUGGCAAGCAAUCGCCGCGCUCGACAUCUCGACCGAAAUCUUGCUUUUCACCUUCUCUGUCGCACUGGUCUGGGGCCUGCAGAUGCACAUGUCACAUAAAAUCGUGAUCAUGGUAUCCUUCGCGGCGAGACUACCGUUAAUAAUAUUAUCUGCCCUCCACCUCUCCACCCUUAAAGAAUACACAACCACCAAAAACCCCACCCUCACCGCAAUCAGCCACACGGUCUUCACCCAGCUUCACCUCAACUACGCCAUUAUAACAUGCACGGUAUUCUGCCUGCGCCCCUUUAUGAACGCCCUCACAACAUACUACGGCACAGCCGGCGACUCUAACCUCGGCAGCAGCAGCGGUGGCUACGGGUACGGGUAUGGAUCCGGAAGACCGGGAAAUACAGACCCCUACGCGUCAGGGCGGUCGCGGGAUUACGAGAUGGGGAGUAAAGGGACGGCCCGGACGGCGGGCGAGUGGCUUGCUCAGGUUGAGGCCGGAUGUGGGCGAUGGGACGGAGAAUGGGACGGUUGUUUGUGA